CGGGGAGCAGCAGGACUCUUGCCUGCAGCAGCUACGAGCACAUUCCACAGCAGCAGCAGCAACAGCAACAGCAGCAGCAACAGCAGCAGCAACAGCAGCGCGUUGUCUCCUUCACUGCAGCAGCUGUCUCUCUUUAG